CUACGAGCAUGCAACUCCAUGUCCGCCAAUAAACCCAUACGCGCGGCCCAGCGCUGCUGGUAUGUCUGUCAGGGUUGCCGACAGCAACUUCACGCUGGCAAUGCCUCCUGCCGUUCGACCGUCUCGACGACCACGAGGAGAUGGAUCACCAGGAAUCAUAUGCGCAAGAUCCAGGAAGCCGAGGAGGAAUGGCGGACGAGAGCACAGGACAUCAAAGCGGGUCGAAUGCCGUCGCUCUUCAAGACACUCGAGGAGAGAGGUUACAUUAACCAGACCGUCGGGUACGCAGCCAGCACUUGAUCAAACGUAUAUAGAUGCAAUUGCCUGACUGUUAUUGCGAAUAGGUCAAAGGAGGAACUGGACGAGCUCAUGAUCCAUCGUCGAGUUGGUGUCUAUGCCGGGAUAGACCCUACCGCCCCGUCCAUGCAUGUCGGUCACAUGGUUGUCUUUAUGGUUCUUGGAUGGUUUUACAUUCAUGGUUAUGAUACGCAUUUUGUGUUGGGCGGAUUCACAUCAUCAAUAGGAGAUCCUACCGGACGCACCACCGGUCGAGAAGCACAGUCGGCGCCCACACGGAAAGCAAACAUUGCCGCCAUGCACGCACAACUGAAAAGGUUGGGAGCUUCGAUCGAGAGGCACGCUGAACGGAAAGGGUUUCAAAAAGAGUGGGCGUGGCGAAGGUCACUUAAAAACAACUCGAUUUGGUGGAACGCACUCUCGGCUAGGGACUAUCUUGCGAUUCUCGGUCGCAACGUACGUCUUGGGCCUAUGCUGGGAAGAGAUACUGUCAAGACCCGACUUGAAAAAGGCGAUGGGAUGUCCUACGCCGAAUUCAGCUAUCCCCUGGUUCAAGCUUGGGAUUGGUGGCAUCUUUUCCAGAAAGGAGUUCAGAUUCAGGUUGGCGGAGGGGACCAAUUUGGCAAUAUUCUUGCCGGAGCAGAUGCCGUCAAGCAGAUCGCGAAGGACUCGCACGAAUACCAGACAGCACUACGAAACACAAAGAUCAUCGAUCAGAAAAACAACAUCGAUGUUACCUCCGAACCUUUAGGCAUCACUGUGCCGCUUUUGACGACUUCGUCCGGCGAGAAAUUUGGAAAAAGUGCUGGCAAUGCGAUUUGGCUGGACCCUGACAUGACGCCGGUCUUUGAUCUUUAUCAGUUCUUCCUUCGCUCAGCAGAUGCGGACGUCGAGAGAUAUCUCAAGCUCUUCACAUUUUUGCCGUUGCCGGAGAUCCAGCAGAUCAUGAAGGAACACCAGAAAGAUGCGUCAAAGCGUGUAGCACAGCACACACUUGCCCGAGAGUUUGUGGAGUUGAUCUACGGCACUGAAAGUGCCAAGGAAGCGGAACAGCAGCAUCGACAGCUUUUCAAGAAGACGCUGACGAUCAGUGACAUCACUUCAAGUGUAGCGGACGCCAAAGCUAGUGAUACAGCUACAGGCGCAGGGAGACAGGCUCCGAAUGCAAACUUCACGCAUCCGUCCCUGAACAAGCAUGCUCAGCCGAUGAGGAUGGAAGACAAUGCUUCAACGAGGGUCAAAUUGCCCAGGAGUCUUGUGGUUGACAAGCCGCUGGGCCAGAUCAUGUUCGCUGCGGGCUUGGUAUCGUCUAAAGCUGAAGGGCAUAGGCUGAUCAUGGCCGGUGGAGCGUAUGUCGGCGCAUUGCCAGGGUCAAUGAGCAAGAUGGAUGACAGCUUGAGUUUCGCGCCAGCACAGAGCAAUACGGCUCAGGAAGCAGCCAAGUACGUUAUCGAUGGGAAGCUGCUCAUUCUACGAGUUGGGAAGUGGAAGAUGAAAAUCAUCGACAUCAUUCCCGACGAGGAGUAUGAGCAAGCAGGAUUGACCUGUGCCGCCUGGGAGGGCAUGAAGGCUGCUGAAGUAGCUGCUCAGGAGGAAGCCGGGGACAAGGACAAAGCUGCAGGAGCCUAGUCCUGUUUCUUGUUCCAUCUUUAUAUGAAUCUGUAUAAAACAAAUGUGUAGAGUAAUCACGAAAUCACCUCCUGGACGUGUCGAAUUUAAUAGACAAGGCUGGCGUCCAAGGAAAAGGGAGAGUAC